UUAGAAUUAGGUAGCACCGUAGCAGACUAGCAGCUACGAGUAGCAGUAGGACUAGUUUCAGUUCUUUUAACUUUUUACUCAUUUAUCAUUUAUGAUUUACUUGUGCUGUUUUGCACGUACCGUUCACACGUUAGAGCGACAAAUUGCAUUGUUUGGAAAUCUUUUUUGAUCUGUGUAAAAUGAAGAAAUACCCUAAUAACAGCGAAAUAGUUUUGGGACAGUUGAAAAAGUUGCAAAGUCCUGCUGCCUUAGUGAAGGCUGUGGCCGAAGACAAUCUAGCCAGUAUUCCCUUGGCGCCCGUAAGAGUUCAAGCGCCAAGUAAGCCAAAAAGCGGCUCAUUUGCACGCAGUUCACUGCGACCGAGUCUGCUUCCGCGUCAGUCAGAUCAAGAUGCAAGAUCAGAAUCCGACGAUGACGAAUGCGAAGUGGAAUGUGUUCGGGACAAGAAGGUGACCGCGGACGGCUGCAUCAAAUAUUAUGUGAAAUGGGCGGGAUAUCCUGACAGUGAAUCCUCGUGGGUGCCGGCGUCGAAUAUGAAAAAUGCUCGCUCGUUGGUGCGCAAAUAUGAGCAGUCCCUCCAACAGCAGCAGCAGAAUAAGAAAUGUUUGGGGAGUGUUGCGAAGAAUACUUCCAAAACGCCUUCCGCGUCGAAAUCUGCCAGUAGAGAUACCGUGGCAAAAUCUCCCGCCGCAACGGCCCGCCUACAAACUGUUGCCUCACCGGAAGUCGUCCCGGUAAAUGUGGUGACGGGGGCCAAAAAUACGUUCAGUAGUCCAUGCGUUCCUGCCGUUUCCCACGCAAUUCCCAAGACGGAACCGGUUUUUAAACGGGUGAAACGUCCUUCGAUCGCUGCUGUUCCGAAACUGACGUUAUCCAUCAAUUCCCCCGGAUCGGCACAACCGCCGCCGUCAUCUCCAUCCAUAGCGUCGACACCGUCUGAUCAACCAGAAGGUUCAGGGCAAUCUGACACACCUAGCCAGGAACAGUUGAGCCGGAAAAGGAAAGCCAAAAUGGAAGCGACCGAUAGACUGAAACUUCAAGCGGCCUUGGACAGUCGAUGGAGAAAUAACAUUCUAGCGGAACCCUCCACCGCUCCUACCAGUAGUAAAUCUGUGAAAAGUGUAUCCAGCCGAUCGGACACAUCAUCUGGUAUAACGGUCGCCAGCACGAGCUCGUCCAUUGAAUAUACUUACCAAGCGCCGCCACCCGAUCCCUCUCGUAUCCGCGUCAUCAAGAACGGUGGCUCUGGAAUAGAAAUGGGCAAACUCGCGGUGAAUGUUUUGGGGCAUAAACCUGCGAAUCUCCGCAUUCGCACCUUGAGCGAUGUGGAAUUUCUUGUCAACUACGCCGAUCAUCCCCAGGAAUACGUGCCUUACAUUACGUGUAUUGAACGGAUUCCGAAUUUGAUCGCCGAAUAUUUGGCUCGCGUCCCAGUAUUACUACUUAACGGAGCUUUUUGAACACGUUCAGGAUCCGGAAUCUCAUUGGAUCGUUGUCGUUUUCUUCUUUGGAUUAACGAUUUUUAAAUUUUGAAUUGUGCUUCAUGAUCGGACAAAUUACGACGCCCCAGUGUGGGGAUCACUUGCUGUUUUCGGUACGCUGUUUCUGUAUUCGACGUUUGAUACAUGUGUGUUCCUGAAACUUCCUACAGAUCCAUACAUUUUCAGAUUCUAAAUGAAUUAUGUAGACAGGUCCCAGAAGCAUUUAUUUUACCCUGCAAUCUUGCAAUUGCUGUGUUUGACCCUUGCCCCUUGGUAAUAAUGUGUAAUACGAAUUUACGAGUUAUUAAAGA